AUGCCGAAAUAUAAGUGGGCCCCGCCUCAAAUCGGCCAUGAAAAAGCGCAAUCGGUCAUUGACUCGAUUACAUCUUCAUACGCAGCAGAAGGUCAAGCGAACCCUAUGCUGCAACAAGCUGCUCCUGGGUUUCCUCCACCGCUUCCCGGGUUUCCAGGUAUGUUCCGCUUCCACAAGCAAACCUCGUUGCCUGCUGACUUGAAGAAAGGAAUCCCCCCUCCGCCCUUUGGUAAUAUGCAGGGUGCAAGUCCACCAGGCCCUGGAGGAGUAGUUCCUCCACCAGGUGGCCGUGGCAUGCCUUUUCCACCAUUCCCACCGAACGGCGCUCCUCCGUCCCUUCCCAACGGUCUCCCAUUCCCGCCACCACCUGGUGGAUUUCCUCCGAAUUUCCAGUUUCCUCCUACCGUCGCUCCUGGAAGUUUCCCGCCCCCUGGUCAGCAGAAUCAACAAGCCCCGUCGGGUGGUCCUAGCCCUGCUCCCGGAGCUGGUCCAAACCAAGGACAAGGACCUCCUCCACCUGGAUUUAAUAUGAGUGGCCCACCCGGAACAAAGUGA